CAAAAUGAGAUAUAAUCGUAACAUGAAGCUGUAUGCUCUGUACGGGCUUGCUGCUUUCAACUUUUUGGUGUUGUUGUACACACAUGUUGGUCAUCCUGUUGAUAAUGCAGGGCCUGUUAAAUUCAGAAAUAAAAACUUGAUAUUGUUUCACGAGGAAGUUCAACUGCGGAAUCAGGAAUUGAUUACGGAUGAGAAAAAUAUUGCAGUAAAUGAUAUGGAGAAUGUCCCAUUUAAUCGUUACAACUCAAUUGAAAAUAUAAGCAAUGGUAGUCAGAUAUUUCCGCAAUAUAGUUUAUUACUCAAUCCUAGCAAUAAAUGUCUAGAUGAGGAAAAUGAUUUUUCCGAUAUUUUUCUCCUUGUCUUGAUUACAUCCAGUGUGAGGAAUUUUAAACAACGACAAGCAGUUCGGGAAACCUGGGCAAGCAGAACAUACAUCAUGGGCAAGAAGAUAUUGCCACUUUUUUUGCUAGGGGUGAAUUUUGGUGGUCGACAGCAUUUUGUGAAACAAGUGAAAGAGGAGUAUGCUGAGCAUGGUGACAUUAUAAUGGAAGAUUUUAAUGACACAUACUUGAACCUCACAUUGAAGACGAUUAUGGGCUUUAAGUGGAUGAAUUUUUAUUGUCCCACUGCCAAGUAUGUCAUGAAAACAGAUGAUGAUAUGUUCAUUAAUCUCAACUACACAGUUCAACACCUUGCAACAAAACCAUCUACGUUAAAACGCUUUGUCAUGGGUCAUGUCAUCGUUGGUAGUCCAAUCAGGAAUGCAAAAAGUAAGUGGUACAUGCCGUAUGAACUCUACCCGUACAGCGACUACCCACCAUUCGCAUCCGGUACGUGUUAUGUCAUGUCAAGUGAUGUGACUAAAGAUACUUAUCAGAUUUCUCGUAGU